AUGGCAGUGUCUCCUAAGUUGGGAUCUCCAAUCGAAUUGCCAGUUCGAGGAGUCCCGCGGCAUAUGACACUCCCCCAAACUCUAGACGUUCAGUCGGAUUUCGUGAAGUCUGGGUCCCCUUAUGACCAGCUGAACCGCUUUUUCGUCGGCCUGUCACCGACUUGGGGACCCGUCAGCGCUAUCGAGUUUUUUGAAGGCUCCCACUUGGCCUACGCUGAGGAUUUCAAAGAAAUAUCUUAUCUAAAUCUGGUUAAUUUAAAAGAGAUAUUCAUUGCGAAACAGAACGAGAAUCAACAAUUAUUAUCAAAGUUUUGCUUGGGCGAGGUGCAGUUUACAACUAUCUCAAAAGGGAUCCUGCAAGCUUUGAAGUACGUGCAUGAAGUGCUUGGGAUCUGCCAUGGGAAUGUCACACUUUCCACAGUCCUAAUCAACCAAGAUGGAGUAGUCAAACUGGAUCUUCAGGCUGUUUGCUUGAUAGCUUGCUUGCUCUUGAGACUAGACGAGACAUCUGUAAUUUAUGGGACAAUGGGACUGCUCACAGAGGACUUCACCGGCUGCUUUUGGAGAGUAACCGCAGCGGACCUUUUAAAGGUGGGUAGAUCUUCAAAUAUAUCACUGGCAGCCAACUUAUCGAGAUUAGCAUCCUUUCCUACAUAUUAG